UUUUUUCUGUAGUUACCUGUGGAUAGAGAGUAAGAAAGAAAGAGAAAGAAAAAAAGAAAGAAAGAAAGAAAGAAAGAGAAAGAGAGAGAGAGUUUGUUUCGAUUUGAUUUGAUUGUUUUGACUAUAACAAUAAAGAAUCGUUUAAAUGUAAACAUAUAAUUAACUUUAAUCUGAAUCAGAUCUUAAUCUUAAUCUUGUGUUUAAAGCGAAGGUGCCAAUCAACAAGUAACAGGGAAAAAAAGACAAACACAAACCAAUGACUUUAUCUUUUCAGUGGAAACAUUGAAAUCGAUACACUAAAUUGUAACAAUCAACACAAAAGAGGAAUUAAAAAAUAUUCUCAAGAAUAAUAAUCUUCAAACCUUCAAUCAGUUCAUUCAAUUAUUCAAUCCAAAGUCUCUGAUUCAUAUUAUUAUCUCUAAGCCACAAUGAAAAAUCACCAUAAAAAUUAACAGUUAUUAAAAUUCAUGUUCAGAUGAAAUUAACAUUAAUACAAAUUUCCAUUAAUUAGUUUCAAAUCAUAAUCAUUAUAUUUUAUAUGUGUAAUUAAUUGCUUGUAACCCAAUUUAAUAUCUACAUUAACGAUCAAUUUCAUCACAACGAGCCUUACAUUAUCACUAAGAGAUGAAUUCUAAUCCCACCCCACCCUCAUCCUCAUAAUAUUCCCACUCCCUAGUGACUCCUCCUUCCAGUGAGAGUGGGUGUUGUUGUUGUAUAGGUUGAAACAAAGUUCCCACUCUGUAGAUGGCGUGAAAGUUAAAUGAUAAACAGUUUGAGUUUAACCAAAGUGAAUGUUAUUUACAAGUUAACUAUAAGUCUGAUUGUUUGAAUCAUGAUCCAUGUCAACAGUUAAUUGUUAUUAGUUGUGUAAUUAUUUUAUAAACAAACAAACGAAAAAAAUUACUGAAAACAUAUCAUAUCAUAUAAAAAAAGUAAUUAGCUCACUAAUUAAUCACUAAUAGUUAUCAAUGAAAACUUCAACAUCUUCCUCGUCUUCAUCUUCUUCCUCUUCAUCCUCAUCCUCAUCAACAUCAAUCUCAUUAGCACCAUCAAAAACAAUUACAAUAACAACUUCAAGUAAAUCAAGUAAAUUAUCAUUUGGAAUUGAUAAAUUAAUUAACCAAGGGACUAAUUAUCAUAAUAACAAUAAUCGUGUCAACAGUGAAAAAGAUAACGGUAAAAGUAAAACUAAAGUUAAUAUAAAUACAAAUAUAAAUGUUGAUGAUGAUGAUGAUUGUGAUUCAAGUGAUGUAACUGAAUUACCAAGUGAAACCGUUAUUUCAUCAUCACCACCAACAUCAUCUCACUCAUCACCUCCUUCAACUCAUCCUUUUCAUCCCUUCAACCACCUUCACCCACACAAUUCACCUUCAGCAUUUGUCGGUGUCUUUACAAAUGAAGGAUACCCUUGGUUCAAUCGCAGUGUAAAUAGUGAGGGUGGAAAUGGAUUACCAAGAUUACCAGCGAUUAAAUGUCAAUUAAGGAAACACAAGAGUAACCGGAAGCCUCGAACUCCGUUUACCAAUAAUCAACUUUUAGCAUUAGAACGAAAAUUUCAAAAUAAACAAUAUCUUUCGAUAGCUGAACGAGCCGACUUUUCAUCUUCGCUUAACUUAACGGAAACUCAGGUCAAAAUUUGGUUCCAAAAUCGUCGAGCUAAGGAAAAGCGUCUCAAGGAAGCGGAAAUUGAAAAGAUAAGACUAUCAGCUCGUCCGCUAUUACCUGCAGCCGCUGCAGCGGCUUUUGGUUUUCCCUUUUAUCCUCAUCAUCCACCGCCAGCUCACAUUGGUUUCUCUGUGGCAGCGGCGGCCGUUGCAGCCGCUGCUGGUUUCACAAGCGCUAAUUGUUAACCAAAUUAUGUUUACUAUUAUUAUUAUUAUUACAAUUAUUAUAUCAACACACUGAAAAUAAUCAAACAUCAUCAUCAUCGUCAUACAAACAAUAAAUUAUCGA